AUGUGUGACGGAUUUCAGUUUGUCGGACGCAUCCCUUAUCUCUCUACCGAGCCAAGACAUCUGGUUGUUGCCAGUGAAGUCGCAACGAUGAACUUUCUCCGUUUACAUGAUAUCCCUGUGCCCAAGAUCUACGAUUACUCAGCUACGCCAGAUAAUGGUGCUGGGACUGAAUACAUGUUUAUGGAGCUGGCCCAUGGGAAGAACUUAUGUGACAUCUGGUUUGACCUGUCGACAAAGGCCAGAAUCACUGUCGUCACUAAACUUGUCGAGUCAGAGUCUCGAUUGUUCUCUCUUACCCUUUCCAGCAAGUGGGUUGAGGUGCCGAUUGUGGAUUCUGCAUGCGAUGGCCACUUUUGCAUUAUUCCUAAUACAAAACUCAGUCUGUGGCAUGGAAAAAGGCUCAACAUCGAGACCGACCGUGGGCCAUAUCCAGCAGCCGCUCUUGAAGCUGAGGCCAAAAAAGAGAUUUCGUAUCUAACAAAAUUUGGUCGACCGCUUCACCCCUUCCAACGUCUACACCGAGAAAUCUAUGGUUACCAAGCGCGAUCGCCCUCUGGACACCUGAUCGGCAACAGUACCCUUGUCCGCCCGACAAUGAGACAUCCUGAUCUUCAGCCGAACAACAUCUUUGCAUCCGAUGAUUUCAGCAUCACAAGUGUGAUUGACUGGCAGCACUGCACAAUACUCCCACUGUUCCUGCAAUGCGGUAUCCCCAAUAGUCUUCAAAACUAUGGCGACAACAUCUCCGAAUUACUUACACUCCGUGGACUACCAUCGAAUUUCGAGCUAAGCGAAAAUGCAAAGUCUCAUGAGGUAAUGCUCUUACGUCGACGCCAACUUCACUUCUUCUAUGUCGUGGCGACUGCCUCAUUGAACCCAACGCAUCACGAUGCCUUGACCGACAACUUUGGCACAUUGAGGCGUAAACUCUUUGAGCACGCGGGUUACCCCCGGGAAGGUGAUAUCGCUACUCUUAAAAAUGACUUGAUCUAUUUAACGAAAAAGUGGGAUGAAGUCGUGGCCUCUAAGUCUAAUACGGGUGACGAGACUAGUAAUCCCUGUCCCAUAGCCUUCUCAGAAGACGAGGUGGCCGAAUGCUUGCGUCUGAAUUAUGCGCAAUUGGAGGCAGAUAAAUCACUUCGGAAUUGUAGAGAUGUUAUUGGUAUUGGGACUGAAGGAUGGGUGCCUGUUGAGCAGUAUGACGAGAUAAAGCAGCGGGAACAGGAGUUUAUGGCUGCUGUACUCGAAGCUGCAGAUUCUGAGGGGGAGGGACAGAAUAUACUCGAGCAUUGGAUGUUUGAUAAUUUUGAUGAGGAAGAGUAUUCGUAG